ACCCACACGUGUUAUAUUUCAUUCGAAAAUUUUCUCAAUAAAAAAUUAGCAAUGGGCAAACAAAAGAAAACUCGAAAAAUACAAAAACAACGUACAGCGAAACUGAAGCGAUUGAUGAAACCCACUGACAGCCGCAUCAAGGAAGAAAUACGCAAGAAGCGUAAAAAACCAGAGGAUCUACACGCUCUAAAAGUGCACCAUGUUCAACAGCAAAGUUCAGCGCUUUUCUUUCAAUACAAUACACAGCUGGGUCCACCAUAUCACAUCAUACUUGAUACAAAUUUCAUUAACUUUAGCAUUAAAAACAAACUGGAUAUCAUACAAGGCAUGAUGGACUGUUUAUAUGCCAAAUGUAUACCCUAUAUAUCGGAUUGUGUUCGAGCGGAGUUGGAAAAAUUAGGAAGUCGCUAUAAAUUAGCGCUGCGAAUUAUAUCUGAUCCCCGCUUUGAGCGUUUACCAUGUUUGCAUAAAGGCACAUAUGCCGAUGACUGUUUGGUAGAAAGAGUGCGUCAACAUAAAUGCUAUAUAGUGGCGACCAAUGACAAGGAUUUAAAAAAUCGUGUACGCAAAAUUCCAGGCGUACCUAUUAUGUAUGUGGCAGCGCACAAAUACGCCAUUGAACGUAUGCCAGAGGCGUAUGGUGUAAAGGCGUAAUCGUAGGUACAUAGAUUUAAGUGAGUAGUGACUAAUUAGUUUUAAUUGCGUUUUUAUAAGUAAAAUUUUUACUUUAUUGUCAUUAUAUAUAUAUAUAUAUAAACCAAAAAAUGCAUACUUGAAAAACAAGUAAACUUGGAAUACUAAACUAAUCCAUAAUUGCGUAUUUUUAGUAUAUCUGUACGAAAUACUAUGAUAUUUGUAUCAUGCGAAAUGCGUUGUGAUUACGAUUGACUUUAAAUAGCUAUAAACAAAAUGAAUUCCCAUAAAUUAAAAUUUUAUGUAUGACAGCUGUGGCUGAGUGCGUAGAGGUGCGCCCUAUCACCCCGAAGGUCAUGGGUUCGAUCCCUGGCCCCAGCAACACAGAUUUCUUAAACACAGGUAAAGGUAGACUGAUAUAAAGAUAAAGUUAUGUUAUCUUA